AUCGCACCGAGUGUUAUUGGUAACGUAAAUGAGAACUCCCUUCCGGGACGCGCGCGCCCGUGAGGCUGGAAGACACUUCAUUGCUCCGGAUCCUGUAAACAGAGGGGAAGUGACGUUCCGGAGAACAAUAACAACAACGCCAGUAACAAUACCGAGGAGGAGCCGCCGCAGAUUGUUCUGAAGUCCAGAUCUCUUCAAAGACUGCUUGACUGGUUGGAAAUUAUGCUAGUAAACCACUACCAACUGGAAACCAUGAAGCAACAUUUUACAUAAUUGAGAUUGAAAUUAUGGCAUCUUCAACAAAUCUAGAUGUUGGGGCACAGAUAAUUGUGGAAGAGUGCACCAGCAGCUAUAGUCUGUCUCACAUGCCAGACAUUAAAGUAGAGCAUCAGCUUGACUCCACCACUGAAGAAGGCCCAGCUCAGAGUGUCGCCAUGGGAAUGAAAUUCAUUUUGCCUAAUAGAUUUGAUAUGAAUGUCUGUUCUCGGUUUGUGAAGUCAUUGAAUGAAGAAGAUAGUAAAAAUAUUCAAGACCAGGUCAACUCUGACCUUGAAGUGGCAUCUGUCUUAUUUAAAGCUGAAUGCAACAUCCAUACUUCCCCUUCUCCUGGAAUUCAAGUAAGACAUGUCUACACCCCAUCAACAACUAAACAUUUUUCGCCCAUAAAACAGUCAACUACUUUAACUAACAAACAUAGGGGAAAUGAGGUCUCUACAACACCUCUCCUUGUAAAUUCUCUGUCAGUUCACCAGCUGGCUGCUCAAGGGGAAAUGCUUUAUUUGGCCACACGUAUUGAACAAGAAAAUGUAAUCAACCAUAAAGAUGAAGAAGGUUUUACCCCUCUGAUGUGGGCCGCAGCGCAUGGGCAGAUAGCAGUGGUAGAGUUUCUGCUUCAGAAUGGUGCAGAUGCUCAGAUUUUGGGGAAAGGGCGAGAAAGUGCACUCUCAUUGGCCUGUAGUAAGGGAUACACAGAUAUUGUCAAAAUGCUGCUUGAUUGUGGAGUUGAUGUAAACGAGUAUGACUGGAAUGGAGGGACACCUCUUCUAUAUGCAGUACAUGGAAACCAUGUGAAAUGUGUAAAAAUUCUCUUAGAAAAUGGUGCUGAUCCAACUAUUGAGACAGAUUCUGGCUAUAAUUCCAUGGAUUUGGCUGUGGCUUUAGGCCAUCGGAGCGUUCAACAGGUUAUUGAGGCUCAUUUAUUGCAGCUCCUUCAAAAUAUCAAGGAGUAAUGGCCUGCUGUUAAUAGAAAAUUGUUCCAGGCCUGAAGAUUUGGACUGUGUUUUAGCCCCACAAUCAGUGAUAAAGGCUUGUUAACUUAUUUAACUUUAUCUCAGUGAAAAUAUUUGCUGGUUUUAGUCAGAUUUUAGUAUACUUUAUGUAUUUCACUGAUGUUCAUAGACAUCUCUGAUCAUUGAUCCUUUUGUAAAUGUAUUUUAUGUAAAUUUUAAAAAAUUUAAUCGGUGUGUGUUGCAUGAAAACCUUGAAUAAAAAUAUAAUUAUAGCAGCAUAAAUGUUCACAUUAAGUACAGUAGUUCACUUUCUACAGAGUAUUCCACUAGGUUGUGUCAAUGAUAUGGUAUCCACAUAGACUUCGUUUUAGAUUUUUAGGUGUGUACCACAGAAGAUAAGUGUCUUUAUUGUUUAUAGGACAAAAAAAGUGCACAAUGUGUGGUUGUUUACAAAUUCUUAUGCAGUUGAAUUAAAAUACUUUGUCAAUUUCUGUA